AGAGACCACAUUAAAACGCACAAACGUGAAGUGUCCGAGGAGUUCAUCGAAGAACACUUGAAUUUUACCUUUGGGAGUUUCAAGAAGCUUGGUACUAUAGAACGUAAAUGGAAGCUGGUCUUCCAGAUUCUAUUUCCCGAAGUACCACAGGACGAGAUACCCUCGCCAUGUAAGCAAGUACUAUAGAAACUGGGUGUAACUCGAACACUGACAUGAACAGAUGUGGAUGAUUAUAGCAUUAUGAAGGUACAGCCCUUGGCUAUUGCUGACAACGACCUUGACAUACUCCGAACUAGUCUCAAGAGUGAGCUUUGGAAUCAGUAUGGCGGCGAGAUUACAUGCGACAUGGCAGAUUUUUACGCUAACUUCGAUACUAUAUUUGACGAUUCUAUAGAGCACCAGAAGGGCGAUAUGAACCAUAGCUCGCUACCAAUGGGUCAGCACGGUUACCCGACUCCACCUUCAUCUAUUCAGAGCUCGCCUAAGACGGGCACGAUGAACAUAAAUAACUCAAGUGGCCUUGUAUCAACGCCACAGCUUGCGACUAUGGACAUGCCAAAUCCGUUGCUCAUCGAGUAUAAUGCCAUGGACUGGGAACAGCAACUUGGUAUUGACGUCCAAUCUGCGUUUGCCACGACACCAAAGGCGGUCAAAGCUACCACUUUUGAGUGGAUGUCGCCUCCUAUAGAGCCUUAUACAUGCUCUUCUCAACAAAACGCAAAUAUGUCUACUUCUUUCUCAUCAAAGUUUAAUGUUUCCGUACCAUUCUGUCAACAAACUCAAUCCGCAUUUGACACCAGCUUUGAUUUCAACCUCCAUGAACCAUUAGUUGCUUCUUGUGCGUUGGAGACUGAAAGCCCAUACACGGAUUCAAUAACUUGCUUGCAUCAGGAGUUUGAAGUCUGCUCUUCAACUCUUGAUGUGAGUGAAGUGAUGACGCCUCCUAGUAAUGCUAUACGUGGAGAUGAGUUCGACUUUGACGAUUGGAUCGAAUAUGCCAAUUUGAAAAGUUUGAAUUAGGAAUGAAAUGGUUGGAUAAUCCAUAUAUAAGUAAUCAUAGGUUGGCAAUAUAGUUUAUUAUCGCAAAGGAGGGAUCGUGUAUGUGGCUGAGCUAAGACCACCACUACCUGAACCCAGUAGAUGGGCACGAAGUUCGUAGUCGCACUUUGUAGUACUAAAGAAGCCAUGUAAAUUACAUCAAAACAAUGUUUAUCUCUUGAGCAUUACUUCUCACUCACAACCGCU